UUGUGGAUAUUUCCUGUUCGAUGUCGGUCAUUCUAAAACUUAUGAAGAAAUACCGAAGAAAGUGAUUGAUAUUUGGAGAUACGGUACUAGCAGUUCUCACAGCAGACAAGUUUGUCACUUGCCAACCAAUUCAUUGCUUGUUAAUUACCUAUAGAGUAAUCUUUUUCAUCAGUAAAUUGACAGUUUUCCAUUGCUCAUAUUGAUAUAAAAUUCAAUUAUCUUUGAUUUUCUUCUACAAAAUUAUAAAUUUUCCUUUUUGUGCAUCUGUCUUCAAUGAUUGCUAGUAAGAGGAAGGGUUAGUCUCUUAGUCAUCCUCAUUCCAUUCAGUUUGAAGGUCUAUUCUAUUUUUUUCUUUCUAAUUCUGCAUUGUUUCUUGUACUUGGAGCAGUCAGUCAUGUAGGCCUUCAAUGGAAACAUGCUUGAUCCACACUUACUUAUUGGCCAACAAAACACUCCAAACCUAAUGCAUUCAGCAAAACUAGGCUAUUCUCUACUUGAGAGGAGCAAUAUUUCUUGAAGCCAGUUCAUGAAUUCAGAAUUUACACUAAACAACUUGUAAGAAUAAGUGAUGGCUGGCAAUAUGGAGGCCCUAAGCAAUGUUCAAGUGUGUGAGGAUCGCUCUGACUGUGUGGAGCUUCUUCAAAGUGCGGGUCUCUAUCUCAAACCUCAUGCACGGAUCAGCAUCACGGUCACGCUACCCAAGCUCAAGACUGGCCAGUCUAUCUCCAACAUGGAGAUUAUGGAGAAACUACGCCUUGCCAUCAAGCCCAUCAAAUUUUCCUCUAUCAAAGUCACAAAGAGCUCCUUGGAAUUUGUUCGCUUUGAUGCUGAAAUCAACAACAAGAGUAAUGUUGAGUCUGUUAUCAGAAAAAUUGAUCUCAAAGGCAUCAAGCUGAGUGGCUUCACUGAUCUUCUGAAGAUCAGGGCAGCUGAGGGAAAGGUUCCCUUCCCCACUCGCCACGACUGGGACUCUUUCUUCCGAGAUGCAAAGCAUAUGAAUGAAAUGAAGGCUGGAGAGCGACCAGAUACUCUUGUAUUCAGGGGUCUGCCCAUUCGUUGGUUCUCCCAGUUUGCUGGACCAGCCAGCAACCGACCGAGUGAUCAACUCAUGCUCAGAAUCAUGAGUCAGUUUGGAGAAGUUCGCUACAUUGACAUCCCUACAAAUGAUCCAUUGAGGUCUAAAAUGUCGGCCACCGUUUCUGGCUUGACUGCUGCAUCUCUGAGUCAUAAGGACAUUCUCUUCACGUGCUUCGUGCAGUUCAGGGAGUACAUUGGUUUUGCCAAGUGCAUGCACGAGUUCCAAGGCAAGAAACUUGUCUAUGUUGAGGACGACAAGGCGUGGAGUUGCAAUAUUGAGGUUGAUUUCGACCGGACAAAGCAUCUCACAGACUAUAGCAUUAAGAAGCGCAAGGAGGAACGUGAGCGACUCCAAGCAUUAGAUAAAGAAAAGGAAGAGAAAUUACGUAAGCAGAAGCAACAAGAACUGGCAGUCCAGCAGCAGGAAAGGGACCGAGAGAAUGCAAUGCUGCAAGCACAUCACGAGAAGAAGGAACUAAAAAAGAAAGAGAAAGCCGAGCGUCGCGAGAAGAGGGAACAGAUGAGACGUAGUAAGAAAAUGAAACAGCUCGACUCUGGAGAAGACGUUAAUCUUGCCCUUAAGAUUGCUUCAGAGGAACGAAAACUGCUCAUGGCUCAACGGCGCUUGGAGAGCAUUAGGCUGCUUGACGAACUUUUUGACCGCAUCAGAGUAGUCCGACAACGCGGCGAUGUUUCUAAAAAGAAAGAAGACGCGACUCCUGAGAAAAAAGGCAAAAAGAGUCAUGAGCGUCAGGAGGCAAAGCGCAUGGCCGACCAAGAGCAGCAGCUGCGGGACAAGCUCGUCACGUCACUCAAGCAGCGGCAGGAGGCGGUCAUUGGACACCAUCAGCGCCACUUGACUAAAGCACAGAUGGGGCAGUUUCGUCUGAGUAGCGUCGUUCCAAAGGAUGCUAUUGAUACUCUGUCAUCCAUUUCGAGCCGCUCCAUUGAUGGCCGGUCUGACAGCAGCCAGAGCAGCUCUGACUCCGACACUGAAGAUAAGGCCGAAGUCAAUCAGACCAACCAGGCUGUUAUGAGUGGGCCUCCUCCAAUGGGUCCGGGAUUGAUGGGUCCGGUUCCUGGCAUGCCACCGCCGGGGCCAAUGCCGGGCCCUCCAGGCUUCAUGCCAAACUGGGGGCCACCUCCCCAUAUGCAGAUGCCCCCACAGCCUUUCCCGCCGCAGGGCCCUCCUCCUACUGAUGGUCAACCUCCAAAUUACCCUUCAUUUUACCAGCCUUUCCCGCCAAACGGUCCGCCCAUUGGCGAGGGGGGUGGCCCACCUCCCGGGCCGAUGUGCGGACCUGAGGGUCCCCCUCCAAACUUUGGCAUGCCUUUCUUUGAUGGACCUCCUCCUGGUUAUUUUAAUCGUGGGCGGGGUUUUCCCCCUCGAGGGUGGCGUGGAGACUUCAGGGGCAGGGGGGGUUGGGAGGGUGAUCGUGGUGGGAUGAUGAGAGGCAACUUUAGAGGUCGGCGGCCUUUCCAGCAUUAUGGCAAUCACGAGUCAAUAGUUGAAAUAGAGCAAAAGAAAAAAGAUGGGAAGUUAUUUUGGUUCAAAAGAGGUGCAAUUUUGAACGAGACUGACAAAUCUUCGUCACGUUCAAGAAGCAGGUCUCGCUCGAGGCGGAAACGAUCGCGAUCUCGUGGUUGGUCGUGGUCUUCGCGAUCUCGAUCAAGGUCUCGUUCAAGAUCCAGGAAGCGGGGUAGAUCUCGCCGACGAUCGCGCAGCAGGUCCAGUAGCAGAUCCCGAUCUCGCCGCUCUAAAAGUCGGGAGUCCAAAUCUCGAUCACGCUCGAAGAGCCGUGAAAACAAACCCGAAAAGGAUGACCCUCAAUCUUCACCAAUGAAAGCAUCAACUAACGGCAAGACUGACGGUGUUGACGAUAAAACAAAUGACGACAAAUCUGACCGAAAAAGUCGCAGCCCUAGUCGACAUAGUUCAAGCAAGAGCAGUAGCCGGAGUCGCAAAAGAAGCGGCAGUCGAAGCAAGAGUGGAAGCCGCAAAAGGAGCGGCAGUCGAAGCAAGAGUGGAAGCCGCAAAAGGAGUGGCACUCGAAGCAAGAGCAGAAGUCGAAAACUGAGUGGUAGUCGAAGCAAGAGUAGGAGUAGGAGUAAAAGUAGAAGCCGAAGUAAAAGUAGAGGCAGAAGCCAUAGUCGUAAGCGUAGUCGCAGCAGCCGUUCUAGUAGAAGCAGCAGCCGAAGUCGCCGACGUAGCCGUCGCAGCAGGAGUCGUAGAAGUCGCAGUCGUCGUCGUAGCGGCAGUAGGAGCCGCCGCCGUAACCACCGCAAGCGCGACCGUCGCGGUAGCGCCGAUGGUCGCGAUAGUGACCUGGACUUGUCAAGUGACCCCGAUGAAAUGAAUGGUCCAGGUCCGAAUGAUAUGCAAAUGAUGCCUGGUCAACACCCAUUUUUCUAUGGUGGACCUGACGAGUUCUGGGGUGGUCCGCCAGAUGGCUUCUAUCCCGGUCCUGGUUUUGACGGAGGGUUCGACGGGAACUUUUACAACAUGUAUCCUCCGCCUCAAAUGGGAAAUCGUGGUGGGAACAAUCAGCGAGGUUUCCGAUUCAACAACAACAGGCGGCCUUGGGUCCCAAGGCAGCGAGGUCGCCCCUAUGGUCGCUGGCAAAACCCCGGGCCUCGUUUCCGUGGUGGUUUCAAUCCUAAUUUCCCUCCCUUCCCCAACGGGCCACCUAUGGAUGUGGGCUUCAAUGGACCUCCUCCCCAGUUCAUGGGUCCAGGAGGUCCUCCCCCACCUCAGGCGGGUCCAUCUAGUGAUGAGCAAAGAGAGCAGUACCACAUGUAUCAGAAAUACUUUACUAGCAUUGCUGAAAAAGAAGCUCGGCGGAAUGAUCGAAGCAAGAGUCGCGAUCGUUCUGAAAGGGGUAGGGGACCGUCAUCUGAGCGGCGUGAAGUUAAUUAUGGGGAUAAAAUUCGCCGUAGUAUGAGCAGCGAGCGUGUGUCUCUUGACCGCUCGCGUGAACGAGGAAUGCGACGAGAUCUAUCGCCCAGAUGCAAUUCAAGAGAGCCUGAUCCACAUUUAAGGAGAGAAGGCUCCUUCAUGCGGGAACGAAGUUUAGACCGCGUGCCUCGCGAAAUUAGGGGACGAUCGCCUGUGCGGGGCAGCCAUUCUCCUCCUGCCGAAGUAAAUUAUAGCGAUAAAGGAGUGGAAAGAAUUCGACCAAGGCCACGAUCGCCAGUUAUGCUCGAUGAAUUUGGUCCCGAACCUCCGAAAAAUUUGCGGCGUAGCAUGUCUCCUCGUCCAGACGACAAGCGUAGUCAUAUCAGAAAGCGCGUUGUGGAAGAUGAUGAGGAAGAAGAAGAUGACAUGGCAGGCCGUCUUUAUUCGGACAGAAUUGAAGCUGACAUGAGACGUCGUAUGAAUGUACGCGGUCGUGGUCGUGGUAAUUUCGACCGACGCUUCGAAGGACGCGGUGAGAUGCGUGGACGAAAAAGAUCUUUCAGUCGUAGUCUUGAAAGGGAGAACAGACCUGCUAGUAAAGUGAUGAUUGUUCGAGGUGAGCACGAGAUGGAAGUGUCUCCUCCGCGAAGGAUGGAGCGUCAUUUUGAGCGCAAUAGAAGUGGUAGCCCGCCGAUGUUGCGCAAACCUCGCGGUCCAGACCUGGCCAAUAAACCACGUGAGUUCUACUCGCGUGACCACGAUGAUCGGUUCUUCGACGAUGAUCGUCGGGGUAGAGGUAGAGGACGAGCACGAGGUGGUAGGGGACGAGGUCGUGGCGAACAUGAUUAUAGAAUGACUCGCGAGGAGUACAGAAAUCGUGAGUCUGAGAGACGUCGACGACAAGACAACCGUUCUGAAGAAGACGAUCUGCGUGAGACAAUCAGACAACAAGAGCGUCUCGAAUUCGAGUCUCCCAGAAAGCGUGGGGUUGUGCUCAGAGAUAAAAACCUUGAACAAUCUCGGGAGCCGAGCCGGAAUCGUACACCACAGGAUCGGCGUCUCCGGGAACGGGAAGCGAGUUACCGUGAAGCUAGUCAGCGCAAUAGAGUCACGAGUCCGGAGUUCCGAGAGUCGCCCAACCGAAGCAAUCGUGGUCGCAUCGUAGAAGCUCGACACAGACAACCGAUUGUCGAGGAGCCGCGACUUCGACGACGAUCUUUAAGCGACGAGGAAGUUGAACGGGAAAGAAAGCAGCGUUCUUAUUCCCCGUACAGGAAAGGGAAUAAGAAAAUCCAGCCACAUCAAGGUCAUGGACGAAACCUUGAGGAGCUUUACAAUGAACAAGAUCAAUCUGAUGGGAGCAGCGAUCAUCUACCAACAGCUCGCAAGCACAAGAGAGCGAAGGUCGAAUCAGAAGAAGAAAUUCAACAAAGUGUGGACACCGAAAGUGACGAUGCUGUGAAACGAGUAUCUGAGGGCAGCGCAGAGGAAUAUUCCGAUGACGGCGAUGUUAAUGUAAAGAGAAAAAAACACAAGAAACAUUCCAAGAAGAAGAAAGAUAAAAAAUCGAAAAAGAAGAAAAAAGACAAAAAGUAAUCGGCAAACAGUCCCAAGUUACUCAUGGAGAUGCAACCCUGCUUAUCUGCUCGCUUUUACAAAGUUUUUUUUUUUUCUGCGUAAAGGAUGGUUACCUGCAAUAGAAGCAUCGUCUAUUAUGUGAUUGACAUUAAUGAAAGCCUCAUUACAUGAGGUUUUAGUCUCGAGCUGUAGAAUGUCCGAUAUAAAGUGAAAUUACCGAUACGUAGCCGGAGGGGAUCAAUCUUGAUCACCUCUUGGCAGUUGUAAUAGUAGAAGAGAUUGUUGUACAUUCUAAAUUUAUAGUCAAUUCGUGUUCAAACUUAUUUACUACGUUAACUGUAUAUCACCAUAUUAAAUAAAAACCUUUAUGUUUAUGACAUGCGUAACCUAUAACAUGGUUUUGUAUUUUUCAGGCUUUUUCAGGUUCUGAAUCUUCAGGAAAAUAAGUUUCUUAGUUUCAUGUUAAAUAUUAAAUUUCCUAACUUUGCUCAAUAUUUGCUACUGAAUUUGAAGCGUGAUACGCUGAUUUAGUGCAUGGUACUUCCAGCAAAGAAGGAACGUACAAAAGCGACUAAAGGGAGCUGAAGCAUCGUACGCUCGACCACCUUCAAGGAAGUGAUGUGCCUACCAGCGUUCACACGAAGUUCUUCAUUUGCAGUGUUAAAUCAGUGAUCAGUACAAAGAAAAUGCAUUCAAAUAUUUCUGACUCCCGAGGUAUUGUGUUAAUUUUUUUACUGUUCGUUGCCUCGUGAGGAGCAUCCAAGAUUGCUCGUGGUGAUAAACCAUACGAACAUCGAAAGUGGUACGCAACACAUAUAUCACAAGUGUUCCAAAACGAUUAUUUUUCUCCAGCGAAGAAAUACCCGCACGUUACUUCAAAAACAUUGUUUCUGCUCCAGGAUGUUCAAAAUUUUCCAUUUUCUUUAAUAUAGCGGAAAUUCUUGAAUUUUGAUCUAACAAGAUCUAAGUAAUUUAAUUUUUACUCCACAGUGAUAUAAUGCAGGUUGGGAGUGGAAUUGGGCAAAAUUCGUCUCGUGUCUGAAUGCAAGUUUAUUCAGGGAUUUCGAUUUUAUAGAUCAUUCUUUGGCCGCAGUUACUCCCUCUUUCCAAAUUUUAUUCUCAGAAGAUACAAGUGUUUUUAUUUUCACACAUCGAACUUUUGCAAUUAUGUACUUGCAUAUAUUCAUCUAGCAUCGCAAUUUCAGCACUUUCGUUCUACGCUCAUUCUUUCGUUUCAUUUCCUUAUCUUGAUGAGUUUCAUGUUGGAAUUGAUAAAAAAAAUUGCCUGGAUGAUUUCACAAAUGGUUUUAAAAUUUUUAUCAUUUUUGCUAACUAGUUGAUAUUGGCGUACUACAAUUUCAUGAAGUCUGAUAAUUUUUCACCCACAGGGGAUUUUUUGUGUAUAACCAUUUUUCUGUUCCAGACGUUUCCUUACAGAUCUAUAGUUAGCAGGUUAGUAAAAAUGGCGAAUAUCUAAUUGUGAUUCUUCUAACAGGGUUAUUCAGAAAACUGAAAGUGACUUAAAUUGAAGAUCUCUGGAACUGUGAAAAGUGAAGUUUAUGAAAAAGAAAGCCUUCCAGCCAGAAGACUAACGGUUGCUGCACGUUAAAGAUUGGUUCUCAGGAUAUUCAGAACAGAUUUUCUUGUAUUAUAUAUAUUGAACCAGGCGGUAGAUUCUGUAGUAUUAGAACCUUACAAUUAAACGGUGAUAUACAGUAAACGUGAAA